UUGGUGCUGAAACUUGAAUUGAGCGGAAGAGAGAAAAGCAUCGACUUUCGCCGCGGACUCUUCGUUGUAGUUGAACGAGAUAUUCUCGAGUUUCUCGAGUGACUGACAUCUCAUUCGCUCGCUAUCCGUGCUCUGCUGAACAACUAUGGCUUUUAUGUUAAAACACAUGAUAGGAGGGCAGCUGAAGGAUCUUACCGGGGGUCUUGCUGAGGAAAAAGUAGAAGGAGAAAAGUCAGAAGCCGCAGCGAAGGGAAUGACACAAGAAGAGUUCGAGCAGUAUCAACAACAGUUGGCGGAGGAGAAGAUGGAGCGGGAUGCCAGCUUUGCCCAAAAGAAAGCUGAGCGAGCCACAGUCAGGAGCCACUUCAGGGACAAAUAUCGCCUUCCAAAAAGCGAGCUAGACGACACACAGAUUCAGGCCGCGGCAGAUGACGUGGAGUUGCCCACAGAGCUGGCCAAGAUGAUCGCAGAAGACAACGAGGAGGAGGAGCACAAGCAGUCUGUCCUGGGUCAGCUGACCAACAUUCAGAACGUAGAUAUUGACCAGCUAAAAGAAAAGGCCCAGUCCACCAUCGAAGACCUUAAACAGUCUGCUGAAAAGUGUGAGGUCAUGUAAUAAAGAGUUGGACUGCUGAUCGAGGAGCUGAUGUUUCCUGAUAUUUAAUAUAGGGAAUAAAUCUGAUCCAUGAACAGCAUUCCUAUAAUAAGAUCAAUCUCUGAUUCAUGAAAGACAAGCUCCCACCCAAAGCCAAGCGAUUAUAUAUAAAUUUCAAUUGUGUU